AUGGCCACGGUUGUUCAAGGCAGUAUACCUCCUUCCGUCGAGAAUGGAACCCUCGUUGCACCGCAUGGCAUAUCUGGCCAGAUCCCAGUUGCAUAUAUCUAUCGUAAGGGCUCAAUAGCUGGGCCUAUGUUCAAAAUUCCUUUCAUGGGGCCCUUCAUCCAGGCCAUCCACCCAAAUUUCAAUAAUUAUCUCCUUCAAUGGGCGAGUGGACCCCUCAGCUGCGUAUCUGUAUUCCACAAAUUUGUCGUCCUAGCUGCGGACCGUGACAUUGCACAUAAGGUCUUCAAGUCGCCAGCAUACGCCAAACCUUGUCUAGUACCUAUCGCGGAAGAAAUUAUGCGUCCAACGGCGUGGGUUUUCCUACGAGGAAAAGCUCAUGCCGAGUUUCGCAGAGGAUUGACCGGUCUCUUCACAAACAAAGCUCUCGCAACGUACCUACCGGUCCAAGAAAAGGUCUAUGGUGAUUAUUUCAACAAGUUCGUGGCCGCUAGUGAAGCCAAUGGAGGAAAGCCGAUGGCAUUCAUGGGGCUUUUCAGGGAGAUCAACUGCGCGAUGUCGUGUCGCACAUUCUUUGGGGAUUAUAUUUCUCAAGAUGCUGUCAAGAGAAUCGCCGACGAUUUCUAUCUCGUUACGGCCGCCCUCGAGCUUGUUAACAUUCCAUUCUCUAUCCAUGUUCCGUUUACAAAGACAUGGCGAGGAAAGCGCAUAGCAGAUGCCGUUGCAGCUGAGUUUACGAAGUGCGCCGCUGCAUGCAAGGCUAACAUGGCUUCUGGUGCAGAGCCAAAAUGCAUUGUUGACCAAUGGGUUUUACACAUGAUGGAGUCCAAAAAGUACAAUGACAGAAUCGCAGCCGGCGAGGUGGAUAUAGAGAGGCCGGUGAAUCUCAUUCGUGAAUUCACGGAUGAGGAGAUUGGGCAGACAAUAUUCACGUUCCUCUUCGCAGCCCAAGAUGCAUCCAGCAGUUCUACUACCUGGCUAUUUCAGAUCCUUGCCCAGAGACCCGACGUCCUAGAUCGCGUUCGAGAAGAGAACCUUGCCGUACGCGGUGGUGAUAAACACCGACCGUUCGAGUUAGCGAUGUACGAGACAAUCCCUUAUACCAAUGCUGUGGUGAAAGAGCUUCUUCGUUAUCGGCCACCUGUCAUCUUUGUGCCCUAUCUUGCCACGAAGGCAUUUCCAGUAUCUCCAAGUUAUACCGUACCCAAGGGCGCCAUGAUUAUACCAUCUUGCUACCCAGCUCUCCAUGACCCAGAGGCGUACCCAAGACCCGAAGUUUUCGACCCAGACCGCUGGAUCACUGGCGAUGCCGAGUCGAAGACUAAAAACUGGCUUGUAUUUGGUGCCGGCCCACAUGACUGUCUUGCACGAAAGUACGUGCCACUUACCAUGGCAGCCAUGAUUGGUAAAGCCGCAUUGGAAGUCGAUUGGGUUCACCAUGCGACGAGUCGUUCAGAGGAGAUUAGAGUUUUUGCUACCCUGUUCCCUAUGGACGAAUGUCAGCUUGUCUUUACGAAGCGGAAGUGA